UAAAUUAAUAAUAUUUUUAAUAUAGUUUUAAUUUUACAUGAUUAUAAUAACCAAAAAUAAAGAUAAUUAGGAUGGUAUUAAAAGUAAAGAAUGAUAAUAGCAUCAUUCGUAACAGCGUUGCCAACCGUACGGUCCCGGUCCGGAUCAUACGGUACACGGUCGGACAUGUCAAAAUCAUGGAAAAAUACGGUAAUUGGUAAUAAUAUUAAAAUACUCAAACUAUACCGCCAAUUUAACUUGAAUAAUUUUAUUUUUUUGUACGGUCAUUAUUUUUGAUUUGUUUCGUGAAUUGAGUGUUAUUGUCGAUAUAAAGUUUUUCCAUAUUUUUAAAAGUGUUUUGUGUUAGUGAUGAAUACUUAGAUUCACCUUUACCAUCGGCAUCUUAUGGUCAAAGUACCACAAAGCUUGGUCACCGGCUUCAAAAAUAUAGAAAAAAUUGGGAGUCUUUACCUGCGUUCAAUAAAUGGCUUGAAUCCGUUAAAAGCAAUAAUUUUAAAGCUUAUUGUUGUUAUUGUAAAAUAGAAAUGGUUUCGGAAAUAACAACAUUAAAAAAACAUGCAAGUUCUUCUAAACACUGUGAAAAUUCCAAAUCCAUUACAGGUGUAAAUCUUAUAACUAAUAUGUUUAAAAAAGGAGACCAGGUAAAACGAAUCGAUCAAAUCAAAACAGCUGAAAUAUUAAUGUGUGGUUUUUUAUCUAAACACAACAUACCUUUUAAUGCUAUUAAUCGCUUGACCCAAGUAAUGAAAAAAGCUUUUCCUGAUUCUGAAAUUGCUCAAAAAAUCGUAUUAGACCGAACAAAGGCCACAAAAAUUGUUACAAAUGUCAUAGGACUUAGUAAUAAAGAAGAGUUAAUUAAUGAUCUUAAAAACACAUCUUUCAGUGUAAUAAUUGAUGAAAGCACUGAUGUAGGAACACUAAAAACUUUGUGUAUUUGUGUUAGAUAUUUUAAUCUAAAAAGUAAUAAAAUACAAUCCAGAUUUUGGGAGUUAGUUGAAUUGUUUAAAGACAGUAAUUCAGCUAAUGAAGGUGCAACUGCAAACAAAAUUUAUACUGAAGUUAUGAACUGAUUGAAAAACAAAAAU